GUUAAAUCAAAUUUUGUGAGAAAUUGAUAGUUUUGCUUAAGUUGUGAAUACCUUUAUGAAAAAAUGAACGGACAUAUCUUUUUAUCAUUUUUGUUGCUUUUAUUACCAUCCACCGUUUUUGCUCUGAUAAUAAACUUCAGUGGUGGAAUAAUUACAAAAUUAAUAUCCGAAGAUGCAACUGAUGAAACCCAACUAACAUUGAUGACCUUGUCAGGGGUUACAGCAGGUCAAACCCCAACAUGCGACCUCAAUCCUUCUCAAACGGAAUUCUGGGUAAAAUUGGACCCGAGCACAGCAAAAUAUGGAGUAUAUCUGAAAGCCAUGCCAAACCUAGAUUUCAAUACCAAGUCUACGUAUAGCAUCGUUGUGGAGUGUACGGAUGGAGUGAGCACAACCCAAGAAACCUUCACAGUGAACAUUGACAAGAACAAAUCUCCUACCAUAUCUAACCUUCAUAACUACACUACCUUAGAUACUUCUACGACAUCGACUGGUACCUUGGUCUUCACAGCUUUAGCAACGGACCCAGAAAAUGAUCAGCUGACGUUUACGAUGGACUGUUAUGUUCUAAGUAUUAUUGCAACAUGUCCGUAUGAAAUUUUCGAUUCUGGAGAGAUAGUAACUACGAGUGGUUUCCUUGGUUACAGCGUAGGAAGUUAUGAUUUAAGAAUCACAGUGGCGGACAGUCAUAACAAUCAAAUAGGACCGCGCUCUCUGACUGUAACGGUCACAGGUUUAAAUACAGCACCUGUUAUAGACAACAACAUUCAAUCAUAUGUUCCCGUUGUUUUGGAGAACAGUGCACUAGGAUCAUCUGUGUACCAAGUCACCAUUACUGACCCGGAUGUUGGUGACGUUCACACUUAUUCAGCAACAUUUACACCAUCGACUGCUUCAAAUUACUUCUCUAUUGACUCCUCAACUGGUUUAGUGAGUACAUCGACGACAACAAACAUUGAUUAUGACACGAUGUCGUUCAGUUCGUGUACAGCAGAAGUCACAGUUUCGGACGGUUCCGCUUCAGACACCAAAACAUUAACAAUAAAUAUUGCUAACGUCUUUGAGGCGCCAUCAUUUGCCAAGACUAUUUACACCUUGAGUGGACCAGAAGCAGCGGCAGGAACAAGCUUUGGCACACCAAAGUACGACGUUACUGAUCCAGAUGGCGAUUCCGUGACUUAUGGAGUUGAUUGCCCAACUUUUAACAUAAAUCCAACUACUGGGGAGGUUACUCUUUCUAUAAACUAUGAUCGUGACGACACAUCCGUUGCGUCAUCUGUGACAUGUGGCGUUACUGUAACUGAUGGUACAAUGACGUCAACUGCGGUGCUUGAAGUAUUGAUUUAUACAAUAAAUGACAACACUCCACAAUUUACACAGAACAGGUACGAAUUUCACAUAUCACCUUAUGACACCAUAGGAACCAUUCUGGGGACGGUGACUGCUACUGAUGCUGAUAUCGGUUCCCAUGGUGUUGUUUCGUAUAAUGUAAGAAGUGGAGCUUUCUCUGGUUACGUUGGUAUCGACACAUCCGGGAACCUGUAUCUUAAGACCGCAGUAAAUGACACCAUUGCUGGCACUACUGUAUCCAUUUGGUUACGAGCUUACGAUGAAGAUCUCAAAAGGACUUCUGUGUAUGUAGAUUUUGUCAUUCAGGCGACAACAACUACCUCGAUAACAACGACAACAGACAGAAAUUUGACAUUCUUUGAGUCAUCAGCCAAUGUGGCCUGGUUCUCAGCUCUGAUGAUAAUCCUACUCGGGCUCGGUAUAUUCCUUGCUAUUGAAGCUUACCGGUCCCACAUAUUUUUCAAGAUAUGUUCAUCCUGCAACGAAUGUAAACUACCAAAGCGCAGAAAAUUCGAGCUUGACAAUGACCUUGAUGACAGUGAUGAGUAUGAAGAUCGCACACCCUCGCCAAACCCUAUAACCCCGGUGAGCAGUACCUCAGCCGACCUUGGAUGGUCUGCAUGGAACAAUAGUGACAAGACACAGAAUUUCUCUUUGUAAAAUCUAGAUUGUUUUAACACUGCAAAGAUUAACUUGUGUAGAUUGUCUGCACCAUAUUGACGACUCUGAUGUUAAUUUUAAUAUUUGGUUUUACUAGCAGGUUUAUGUGCACUGUGUACUGCCAAUGAACAUUUUUAUCAUACAAAUUAAUAAUCGUGCGAAAAAAUGAGAGAAAAAAAUUCGAAAUUAUUCAGCCGACUUGUUUCAUCAAUUACAUCAGUUCCUAGACCUAAAUGGGACAUAGAGAUCUGCUUUUAAUGGUAUCUAAUUCAAUGAAAGAGAGUGUAAUCAUUUUGUCUGAUAUGCAGUCUUUUGUGUCCGUUAAAUCGUCACUUUUUUCUUUUGUCUAUACAUUUGCAGUAUCUUGAUAUUUAUUAUAUACAUGUACAUACAUUUAUGUGUUUCUUUUUAGUAAAUAUUCUGUCGCAUAAAGAUUAUUUCUUUUCAAGAGACUAUUCUAAAAUGUAGUUUUAUACUAUCACCAAUUAAUAAUUAAAGCAUUUUGAAAUUUUAAUAUUUUGUUGUAUAAAUUAAUUUUUUUUCAAGAGAAUAUUUCAAAAUGUAGUUUUAUACGAUCCCCAGUUAAUAAGAAAACCAUUUUCAAAUCUCAAUAUUUUGUUAUAUAAUAUUGAUUUCUACAUUUUUAUGCGAGUAUUUUUAAAAUGUAGUUUUAUAUGGUCCCCAGUUAAUAAUGAAAGCACUUUGAUUGUAUAAUAUAGGUUUUUUUUCAAGAGUUUCAAUUAUUUUUUGUUCACU